AUGAACAUCUCACAUACAUUUACUAUACACAGGCAUCGGAUAAGCGCAUUAUAUUCCUAUUCCACUCGAAUUCAUGGGCCUCGAUGUUUGGUAUGCGUUUCGCACGCCGAAGAAGAGACAGUAGGCCGUGGCAUAGGUGUGGUGAGGUCGGUGAGGAACAAGGACCGUCAUCUUGGCGCGAGAACUUUUGCCUGGGCAUGCCGAGCGACACUGAUCGCCACGAUGAUUGUCGGCUCUUGCGAUAUCGAUGACAUCAAACUACGCUCCCAUACACUUCAACGCCAUGGAAACCACAGCCUCGAAAAAGGACUGAUGCAGCUGCUUCCCAUUCUAAGCCGACUCAAUCGCUGA